GAAGGUGUGUACUUUGCUAAUUUUUUAUCGACGUAACUUCGCGCCACUUUUUUGACAUUGCUAUUUUUUCGUUUGUUCGAGUUUUCGUGUUGUGAUUUUUCGUAGAUAUGAACUUUGUUUGGUAAUAGUUGUGUGUGUGGGAAUCCGUUUUUAUUAAUUUUGUCACUGUUGGACGGCGUUGUUUUUUUGUGUUUACAUUGUUUGUUGGCUGUUCCUAUUACUCCCGAAGUGUAAUUGGUUCGUGAACAAUCCGGCGCUCAUUGAACGUCGCCGAUUUUUUUUGUGAUCCGGUGCAUAAACGUUGAAAUUAUUGGAAAUACACUGAGAAUCCGUGCCAACAUGAUGAAUAUGCGGCGACAUGACAUAGCUAGCCAAUGGUGUCGGUUUCCGAGAGGCAAGUGUACCUGUUCGCGGCAAACAAUUGAAUAUACCCGACUUCAAGAACGCUUAGAAGAAGGCUGGGGGGAGGCCUCCUGCAGCGACGAUGAUAGAGACGUCUCAAGCGACCGAGCUGAAGAGCUUGUGUUUUACAACGAUGAUGGAAGUUUUCAGUCUGUGGUUGUUGAGACGAAUUUAUGUGCCAACGAUCUGUGUCAGCUUUUAGCUAUGAAGAAUAGAGUUCCAAAAAGUGUCCAUUGGAGCAUCGUUGAAUAUUGGGUUGACUUGGGAGUUGAGAGAUUGCUGGAGGACCAUGAAUAUGUGUUGAGUGCUUACCGGGACAUGCGAAAUUUCUCUUAUCAUACCCAAUUCAAAUUUGUGUUCAGGAAAGACUAUAGAAAAUACGAGUUCUUCCAAGACCCACUUAAAUUCUUCCCAUCGGGCAUGCUGGACGUUGAAAGCGAUAGUGAUGAUAACAUGAACCGCAGUUAUUUACAGAACUUGAUAUCGCAAGAAGGACAGUGCCCCAUCAUAUUCUCUUACGUUUGGGUGAGAGACGAGCAUAAAAAGACGUGGAGCAAGACCUACAUGAUACUUAGGGACAAGAAGCUGUUUACCUCCCAGAAAGUAGCCUCCCUGGCGAAGUUCUUCAGAUCACCGAAGAAUAAGGCCAUCGCUAUGAUCUCGGAGGAUAAGGAACUCGGCAACGACGUCCGCGUGUUCGCCAAAUUGAGCAACUACCACGUGUACACGACACUGAACGCCAAGAACCAGUUCCGUGCGCCCACCGAGUGGGGUAUCUGCCUGAGACCUUCCGGCGACAACACGGACGACGAAACUUCCGACCAGCUGUGUUGUUUGGCUUGCGAUUCCGAGCGGGUGCGUACCUGCUGGAUCACAGCCAUGCGACUGGCCAAGUAUGGAAAACAGCUGCGAGAGAAUUACAGAGCAUUUAGGAACAAACAGGCAGAAACCAUCAAUCCAAAAGACUAUAACAGCUACUCAGUACCUAAUGUAAGCGUCCAACUAAUCCGAUCAAAACCACUUAAUGGCCCCAUGUUCAAAUUAGGAACUUAUGAAUCUGUUCGAUCCCGUGUGGCCAUGGACUUCACAGGCGCAGUCGGCAGGAUAGUAGAAGAUCCACAGGAAGCCAACGCGAUCGCUAUAGCCGAGGGUUACUCCUGGAAGAGGAGGUGGCGACCUUCCACCAGGUUGUCCGGCCCUUCUGCGGCUGCACUGACCUCAGCUCACAUUCAGACCCUAGAAGCCGGAGUUCACAUCACACAACCUUGGUUCCACAGUGGGAUGACCAGGGAUCAAGCGACUGCGUUAAUGAAUAGAUAUGGCACUUGUGAUGGGGUAUUUCUGGUGCGAGAGAGCAGGUCUAACCCGGGUUCCUUCGUAUUAACUUACAAGUGUGGUUCCAAAGUCUUACACGCACAAAUCAGCCCAAUAUUGGACCCCCUAGCAGACCGUCCAGUUUAUUCAUUGGAUAGUGGGGUUACAAAGUUUUAUGAUAUUUUACAACUCAUUGAAUUCUAUCAGUUAAAUGCGGGCUGUCUACCUACAAGACUUACGCAUUAUAUAGUUCAAAAUGGUAAUACUGUUGUCGUACCCACGCCUGUAGUAGCAGCACAAAAGGCAGAGCAGGACCAACAAGCCAACACUUCUAGUAGUAGAAAUAGCUCAUCAGGAGGAGCAAGUAACUGAAAUAAUUUAUUGUGCAUAUCCUCCAUUAUUGACAUUUAUAAAAUUGACAGUGUUUUAACUUAAGCGACUUUUACAUUAUUUAUUUGCUGUUUCCAAGCCAAAAUAUACUACAUGGUAUUCGAGUUACAGCAAUUUAAGACUGUUAGAUACUUUAUUUAGGUAAAUUAUAUAGAAAUUUGAGAACUAUUUUUUAACUAAUGUGUGUCGAAUGAUAGAAAAAAUGAACUAAAAUUAAAAAAUAUAUAUUUAUUAAGGUACUAUUAUUUUAAGUUAAGUAAAAUUAGUUAUUAAAUUAAAAUUAGUUUGUUGUAACUCGGAAUAAUGUUAGUUAACAUAUAUUUUUGUAUUUCUUUUAUUAAAAAUUGGGCAUUCUGAAAAAAAUAUAUAUUUUAGUUAUAGCCUGUAUUACUUCCAAAGAUGAUAUUCAUUUUAUUUAACAGGGAUAUUUAAUAAGUUAAUGAGUUCAGUAUUAAAUCUCCUUGAUAACAGGGUUUAAUUGUUAAUAAUCACAUUUUUGACAUGUUUUUAAAAUAGAUGAAGGCUGUGGCUUUUAAUAGGUAUGUGUGGAAAGUUUACACAAGUACUGACAAAAAUAGAUUUUUGAUUGUUUUAUCACAUCAAAUCCAAACAAAUUUUCUACUUGUCUGCAUGUAACAUCUAAGUUAUAUUAGCUUUACUCAUUAAUAAAUAAGAAGACAUGAAUUACUUAUACAUGUAACAUCUCUCUAGGAUGAUGAUUUUAUUAUUUGUUAUAUUGUGUAAAAAUAUUCAUAAUUGAAAAAUAUAUAAAAAAAAUUGAGUUCCUCUAUAAAAGUAUACUAUUUGACUGACGUAGAAUUGCUAUAUGUAUGAUGCAAUCAACUAUUUUAUUUUUCUUAUAAUUUGGAUGCCAAUAAGUUUAUCAGACCCCUGGCAAUUACCUACUAUUUUAUAUGUAUAGAAUAUAAAAACCAAAUACACAUUUCUAAAUAGAAAGCAAUAUAAAUGUAACAGAUUGUUAAUUUUAGGAUAAACUAUGUAGAUGUGAUAUUCAUGCCCGUAAUUCUAUUUUUUUUUGUCCAAUACAUUCAGUAUUUUUAUAAUCUCUCGUAAAAAAUAGAUAUAACAAUCAUUUUCACUUAUAUUUAUAUCACAUAAUAUAAUAACUCAUUAUUACCAAACGUUUUCCUAAUCUGUGUAACAUUCUAGCCUCAUUUCAUUUGUCAAGUAAGGUAUACCAUAUCCAUAGUGAAAUAAUACAGAAUAGAAUAUGUAAAGUAGAAUAUAUUGAUGUAAUUUUAGGCUGUACAACCCGGACCUGUGCUUUUGUUUUACUUGCAUAAAUAUUAGUGAACAUCAUAUUUUCAUUGCCCAUUUUUCUAUAUCACAUUUUUGUAUUGUAGUUAUUAGUCGGUGACAAAUUAUAUUUAUAUA